AUGAGUGUUCAAGCAGAAUCUACUUCAACAGCACAAGAAAUUCAACCACCAAGUGAAGGACAAGUAGAUCUCAAAGAGGUUAAAGAUGACUCAGAAUCAUCAAGUGAUUCAGAUGAAUCGGCAACAGAAGGUGAUCAUGCACAAGGUGGUGAAGCUGGUAAACCGCAUCCAUUAGCUGAAGCAACAGGUAUUCAAGAAGAAAUGGUAUCAAAACAAAAACAAACAAGAAGUGAAAAGAAAGCAAGAAAAGCUAUGGCCAAAUUAGGUUUACGUCCAGUUACUGGUAUACUUCGUGUGACUAUUCGAAAAGCAAAAAAUAUUUUAUUUGUUAUUCAAAAACCUGAUGUUUAUAAAUCACCAGCAUCCGAUACAUACAUUGUUUUUGGUGAAGCAAAGAUUGAAGAUUUAACUCAACGUGCUCAAAUUGCUGCUGCUAAUCAAUUUAAAAAUCUUGAGUCUCAAGCAGCAACAGCAGCCGCAGAAUCAAAAGUUAAACCAACAAUACCAGAAGAAUCAGAAGAUGAAGAGGUUGAUGCUGACGGUGUAGAAGAGACUGAUAUACAAUUGGUUAUGAAUCAAUCAAAAACAACGCGGGCAAAAGCAAUUAAAGCAUUGAAAAAAUGUAAUAAUGAUAUUGUCAAUGCUAUUAUGGGUCUUCAUUUGGAAAUUGUUGCUCCAACAUUGGAAAUUUUGCGUGAUCACGUUAGGACAAAUCUAGAUGGUAUAGCAACAAUUUUAGCUAGUAGAGGUGCGGGGUAUAUGGCAGGAAACAUUCUGGGAGUUGUAUUACAAAAACAAGUUCGAAAACAUAGUGAAUUAAUAGUAGCUAUUGGAUUUUUUAUACCAGGUGUUGUUGUAUUUGCUACACCAUUCGUUACUUCAUUGAGAUUAUUAUCUAUAUUAUUUUUCUUCCAAGGAUUAGCUCAAGGAAUGACAGAUUUGGGCGGUAAUAACUUAUUGUUAACAAUGUGGGGUGAUCACGCUGCUGCUCCAUUAAAUUGUGUUCAUUUGGGUUAUGGUUUUGGUGCUAUAUUUUGUAAUUUACUUGUUCGUCCAUUUCUUGGCAGUAGUGGAGUAACUCAAGAACUCUUGUUGAAUAGUAUUAGACGUGAUCCUGUCGAUGUGAUACAAGUUGAACAUACUACAGAUUAUGCUUCCGUACCCACAACAGAACUUGUUGUAGUAUCUCCCGAUGUUACCACAAAAGAAGCAAAGAAAUCGGGUAUUGCCACAAUAUUAGCACAAUAUUCUCCACGCGCAUGUGGAUAUGGACAUUUUGGCUAUGGAUUGUUGAUGGUGAUUCUGUGGACACUGUACAUGUUUUUUGUUGGUGGUAAUGAUCAAACAUUUUCGAAAUUUUUUUUUACAUACAUAGAAACAUCAUUCAGUGUAACAAAAAGUCAAGCAUCAUGGGGUAAGUAA